AUGGUCGAACCUGUGGGAAACCACUAUGUUGUAGCCAGACCUGUGUACUCAGAGAAUUUGUUUAAUGAAGAGCAUGAGAAAUUGCACAGACACCAUAAAACCUUUUGGGAUCAUCUGAAACAGUAUUUUUGCUGCUCCCCACAAAAGGUGAAAAAAAUUGCCUUGGGUUUGUUUCCCAUUAUCUCAUGGCUGCCAGCAUACCGCUUCAAGGAGUGGAUCCUGAGUGACAUUGUUUCUGGCCUCAACACUGGGCUCGUGGCUGUCCUGCAAGGUCUCGCUUUUGCUUUGCUGGUGAAUGUGCCUCCUGGUUAUGGACUCUAUGCAGCAUUUUUCCCUAACCUGGUUUAUUUUAUCUUUGGCACAUCCAGACAUAUCUCAGUGGGUCCCUUCCCUGUUCUGAGCCUGAUGGUGGGAGCAACUGUUGUCAGACUAGUUCCCGAUGACAUUGCUGGAAACGGCACUUCCAUGAAUAUCUCAGCGAUAAAUGAAGAAAGGGUGAUGGUGGCUGCAACUGUAACCUUCCUUUCUGGGGUUUUUCAGUUGCUUCUGGGAAUUCUCCAGUUUGGAUUCAUUGUUAUUUAUCUAUCACAAUCGUUAAUCAGCGGUUUCACAACGGCUGCAGCUGUCCACGUUCUGGUAUCCCAGCUGAAGUUCAUGCUUCAACUAUCUGUCCCUGGAUUUAACACACCUUUUGGCAUCAUCUACACUCUGGAGAGUGUUUUCAGCCAGAUCUCAGACACAAACAUCGCUGACCUCGUCACAUCCCUCAUUGUCUUGCUUAUCGUGUUUGUGGUGAAAGAAAUGAACGAUCGAUACAAAGCAAAGUUACCAGCUCCCAUCCCUAUUGAGCUCCUUGUGACAGUCUUAGCAGCACUGAUUUCCUACUAUGUUAACUUAGAAGAAAAAUAUAAUGUAGCUGUCAUCGGACAACUAGAAGAAGGAUUUCAAGUGCCUGUUGCACCUGAUGCAGGCAUCCUCCAAAAGUGUGUCGGUGACAGCAUUUCCAUUGCAAUUGUUGGAUUUGCAGUAGCCUUCUCUGUGGCUAAAGUGUAUUCCAUCAAAUAUGACUACCCAAUAGAUGGCAACCAGGAACUAAUUGCUUUUGGGCUGGGUAAUAUACUUGGUGGAUCAUUCAAAGGAUUUGCUUCCAGCACCGCUCUUUCGAGGUCAGGUGUGCAGGAGAGCACAGGAGGCAAAACACAGAUUGCUGGUAUUAUCUCAGCUGGCAUCGUCUUGAUUGUGAUCGUGGCCAUUGGUUUUCUCCUGGCACCAUUACAGAAGUCAGUCCUUGCAUCUUUGGCUCUCGGCAACUUGAAAGGAAUGCUCAUGCAGUUCAAGGAAGUUGGCAUCCUGUGGAGAAAGGACAAGUAUGAUUGUGUUAUAUGGGUGACGACUUUCUUAGCUGCCGUUUUUCUGGGCCUGGAUAUUGGGCUUGCGACUGCUGUGGCGUUCCAGCUGCUGACUGUGGUCAUCCGCUCCCAGUUUCCAAGCUGCACCAUUUUGGCUAAUGUUGGGAGAAGUGAUAUCUACAGAAACAGGAAGGAUUACACUGAUAUCUAUGAGCCAGAGGGAGUGAAGAUUUUCAGAUGCUCAUCUCCUAUCUUCUUCGCUAAUAUUGAAUUCUUCAGGGAGAAACUCAUCACUGCUGUUGGUUUCAACCCACUGAGAGUCCUGAGGAAACGCAAUAAAGCCCUGAGGAAGAUCAGAAAGAUGCUGAAGAAAGGAGAGCUGCAAGUGACUCCUAAAGGUUUGAUUUGCAUGGCUAACUAUAUAUACGAGUCAGAUGAAGAAUUAGACAACAAUAGGAUAGAGGAACUGGACCAGCCCACCAACAUGACAGACUUACCCAUUCAGAUCGACUGGGGUGCUGAGCUCCCCCCUGGCAUCACUGUGCCCUGGGUCGACAUCCACAGCAUCAUUUUGGAUUUCUCAUCAGUGUCCUUCCUCGAUUUCUCUGCCAUGAGAGUCCUCCAAAAGACUUUGAAAGAAUUUGUCCGGAUCAACAUCGACAUUUACAUUGCAGGGGCACACGAGGGCUUCCUGGACAAACUGGAGAGCUGUGCAUUUUUUGAUGAGGAGAUCAAGCCAUCCAUGCUUUUCCUCACCAUUCAUGAUGCAGUUUUACAUAUUCUGAUGAAGAAGGACUUAGCCACCUCCCCCAAAUUAAAGCUCACAGAGGAGAGGUGGAGCAGCAACAACGGUGCCAUCACCAUCAGCAACGGACUGCGCAGCCGGCAGGGCACGGUAAGGCUCUUGUUUCAGGUAGCAGCACUCCAACUGAAGGAAACAGCCCCAAGAGCUGCUCAGGGGAACUGCUAG